CAGUGAAACGUUCAGCCAUGUUUCGUGCUCUGCGCCAGGCUGCGCCCGUGACGGGUCGCUUUGUCCGCGGCUAUGCCAAGGACAUCCGCUUCGCCGAUGAUGCCCGCACCCGCAUGCUGGCUGGUGUGAACAAGCUGGCCGAUGCCGUUGCCGUCACCAUGGGCCCCAAGGGCCGCAACGUGCUGCUGGAGCAGAGCUUUGGUGGCCCCAAGAUCACCAAGGAUGGCGUGUCCGUGGCCAAGGCCGUCGAGCUCGAGGACAAGUACGAGAACCUCGGUGCUCGUCUCGUCCAGGACGUCGCUAACAAGACCAACGACAUUGCCGGUGAUGGCACCACCUGCGCCACCGUCCUCGCCCGCUCCUUUACCGUUGAGGGCUUCCGUGCCGUCGCGGCUGGCCUCAACCCCCGUGACCUCCGCUCGGGCAUCCAGCGUGGUGUUGAUGCCGUGAUCGCCAACCUCAAGGCCAUCUCCAAGGCCGUGACCACCUCGGAAGAGAUUGAGCAGGUCGCCACCAUCUCCGCCAACGGCGACAAGAAGAUUGGUGCCCUCAUUGCCCAGGCUUUUGAGAAGGUCGGCAAGGAUGGUGUCAUCACCGUCAAGGACGGCCAGACCAUGGAUGACGUCCUUGAGCACACCGAGGGCCUCAAGUUUGAUCGCGGCUACAUUUCCCCCUUUUUCGUCAACAACAACAAGACUCGCCGUGUCGAGUACGGUGACUCACUUGUGCUCUUCAGCGAGAAGAAGAUCUCCUCCAUCCAGUCCAUUGUGCCGGCCCUUGAGCUCGCCGUUAAGAUGCAAAAGCCUUUGAUGAUUGUUGCCGAGGACGUCGACACCGAGGCCCUCAGCACCCUUGUGGUCAACCGCAUCCGCAGCAACCUGCAAGUUGUGGCGGUCAAGGCUCCCGGCUUUGGCGACAACCGCAAGAACACCCUCCAGGACAUGGCCGUUCUGACCGGUGGCUACGUCUUCAACUCGGAGGCCGCCGAUGCCAAGCUCGAGGAGAUCACUCCCGAGCACUUUGGCCGCGUUGGUGAGCUCGUUGUGUCCAAGGAUGACACCCUGUUCCUGAACGGCGGUGGCGACGCCAGUGUGGUUGAGGAGCGCGCCGAGGCCAUUCGCGCUCAGAUUGAGGAGACUAGCUCCGACUACGAGAAGGAAAAGCUGCAGGAGCGCCUCGCGCGCAUGCGCGGUGGUGUUGCCGUCCUCAAGAUUGGUGGCAGCAGCGAGGUCGAGGUUGGCGAGAAGAAGGACCGUGUCACUGAUGCCCUCAACGCCACUCGCGCUGCCAUUGAGGAAGGCAUUGUUACUGGUGGUGGCACCGCCCUUCUCAAGUCCAUCAAGGCCCUUGAGUCUCUGGAGGCUGCCAACUUUGAUGAGAAGAUGGGCAUUGACAUUGUUCGCAAGGCUCUCCGCGCCCCGGCUACCCAGAUCUUCAAGAACGCUGGCACCGACUCCUCUGUCAUCAUUAACGACAUUCUCACCACCUCAGAGCAGGACCCCGAGUACGGCUGGGAUGGCUACACUGGCGAGAUGUGCAACAUGUUCCAGCGUGGUAUUGUUGACCCCACCAAGGUCAUUCGUACCGCCCUCAUUGAUGCCAGCGGCGUUGCAUCGCUCCUGACCACCCUCGAGUGCGUCAUCACCGAGAUCCCCUCGGAGACCCCCGCACCUCCUAUGGGCGGCAUGGGUGGUAUGGGCGGUAUGGGCGGCAUGGGCAUGAUGUAA